AUGAAAAAUAUACUAUCAAUUCUGUCCCAUGUUGUUCAUGGGUACGUGGGGAACAGAGCUAUAACUUUCCCUUUGCAAUAUAUGGGAUGGGAUGUCGAUGCAAUCAAUACCACUAAUUACUCGAAUCACCCUGGAUAUGGUAGUUUGCAAGGCUCAGCUUCGACCCCUGAAGCAAUCAAGGAUGUAUUGCAAGGACUUCACUGUGUUUUAGACUUGAAUUCAUACGAUAUGAUCUUAAUUGGAUAUACUCCUAAUGCCGAUGUUCUCCUGGUGGUCAAAGAUGAAGUUGUGCAAGUGUUGCAAAAACAAGAAGGGAAAACUCCUCGUUGGAUAGUUGAUCCAGUACUAGGAGACAACGGGAAAUUGUAUGUUCUGGAGAAAGUUAUACCAGUUUACAGGGAUAUUUUAUCAACUAGCUUGGUGUCGUUGAUAACUCCCAAUCAGUUUGAGUUUGAGACCCUUUGCGAGGCAAAAAUCACUGAUUGGCAAACAUGUGAAGCCGCAGUGAAGUCAUUUGCCAACAGGUACAACGUUGAAAAUAUAGUUAUCUCCUCAGUUGACAUAGAUGGUCAAUUGUUUUGCGUUGGGUACACUGAGGGCAGAAUUUUCAGCAAACCAAUACACAAGAUCAACUGCAAUUUCAAUGGAUGUGGAGAUUUGUUUACCGGAUUGAUAGCAAAUGCAUAUUACGAUAACGGGUACAAGAUAACCCCUGAGUCCAUUGCCACGGUGUUGCAGACGUUGCACAACAUUCUUCAAUUUAGUUUUGAUUUUGAACGUGAAAAACUGGGACAGGCUCCCGCGGUAGUCAAGGACAUUAAGAUUGUUGCGGCAAAAAAGUAUUUAUAG